AUGUUACUUAGAACGCAUGUGAUGGAGGGAAGUGGAAAAAUGUUGGUGGCUGCUGUGGGAGUAAAUUCUCAAGCAGGAAUAAUAUUUACAUUGUUGGGUGCUGCUGUUGAUCAGCAGGAAGCUGAAAUCAAGAAAAAGAGGAAAGGAGAAGAAGAAGCUGCCCCAGUCACUGGGAAUAGCCAUGUUGGAAUGCCAGGUUCUGUUAGUGAGAAUACUCCAAAUAAACAUACGGAGGCAUCGGCAAAUCAUACUUCUGCUCCAGCAGCUGAAUCUCAUAAGAAAGAAAAGUCUGUUCUCCAAGCAAAACUUACAAAACUUGCCAUCCAAAUUGGUUAUGCUGGUUCUAGCAUUGCUGCCCUCACUGUUGUGAUUUUGAUCGUACAGUUCUGCAUUGAACACUUUGUUAUGAAUGGAGAAAGCUGGCAAGUUAAACAUGCCAAGAAACUGGUCAGGAAUUUUAUUAUUGGUGUGACUGUAUUAGUCGUUGCAGUCCCUGAAGGUCUUCCAUUAGCUGUUACUUUGUCUUUAGCUUAUUCAGUCAAGAAAAUGAUGAAAGAUAAUAAUCUUGUGAGGCAUUUGGAUGCCUGUGAAACCAUGGGUAAUGCGACAGCAAUCUGCUCAGAUAAGACCGGUACUCUUACUACCAACAGAAUGACAGUGGUCCAGUCCUACAUUUGUGAAAAAUUAAGCAAGACUACACCCAAAUUUUCGGAUAUCCCUGCACAUAUUGGAAAUAUGUUGAUUCAAGCAAUAGCUGUGAAUAGUGCAUACACUUCUCGUAUCAUGCCUCCUGAAGAGGGUGACUUGUUUAAACAAGUUGGUAACAAAACAGAAUGUGCUUUAUUGGGAUUUGUUCAAGGAAUAGGUAAAAAUUAUCAAACCAUUCGUGAUGAUAUUCCUGAAGAAACCUUUAAAAAAGUGUAUACUUUCAACUCUGUUCGGAAAUCCAUGAGCACAGUUAUCCCAAGACAAGGUGGUGGUUAUAGACUUUUCUCAAAAGGUGCAUCUGAAAUUGUGUUAAAGAAGUGUGCAUUUAUCUAUGGACGUGAUGGUCAUUUGGAAAAAUUCACCCGUGAGAUGCAGGAUCGCCUUGUACGACAAGUAAUUGAACCCAUGGCUUGUGAUGGACUUCGUACUAUAUCAAUUGCGUAUCGUGAUUUUGUGCCUGGUAAAGCUGAAAUUAACCAAGUUCAUAUAGAUAAUGAGCCUAAUUGGGAUGAUGAAGAGAACAUAGUUAACAAUCUAACUUGCCUCUGUGUGGUUGGAAUUGAAGAUCCUGUACGUGAUGAGGUACCAGAUGCUAUUAAGAAGUGUCAGAGAGCUGGGAUAACUGUGCGCAUGGUUACUGGUGAUAACAUCAACACUGCUCGCUCUAUCGCUACAAAGUGUGGCAUUAUCAAACCUGGUGAUGAUUUCCUGAUAUUGGAAGGGAAGGAGUUCAACAGAAGAAUACGUGACAGCAAUGGAGAAGUUCAACAGCAUUUGCUGGAUAAAGUUUGGCCAAAGUUGAGGGUACUUGCCAGAUCGUCUCCUACUGAUAAGUACACCUUAGUAAAGGGAAUCAUAGACAGUAAAGUCAGCGAUAAUCGAGAGGUAGUGGCUGUGACUGGUGAUGGUACCAAUGAUGGGCCUGCCUUGAAGAAAGCAGAUGUGGGUUUUGCUAUGGGUAUUGCUGGGACUGAUGUUGCCAAGGAAGCAUCAGACAUCAUCUUGACAGAUGACAAUUUCACUAGCAUAGUGAAGGCUGUGAUGUGGGGCCGCAAUGUGUAUGACAGCAUAGCAAAAUUUCUUCAGUUUCAGCUAACUGUGAAUGUAGUUGCAGUUAUUGUUGCUUUUAUUGGUGCAUGCGCUGUGCAGGAUAGCCCUCUGAAGGCUGUUCAGAUGUUGUGGGUAAACUUAAUUAUGGACACUUUAGCAUCCUUGGCUUUGGCUACUGAAUUACCAACUCCUGACUUGCUUUUGAGGAAACCUUAUGGAAGAACCAAACCUCUAAUUUCGAGGACAAUGAUGAAAAAUAUUUUGGGCCAGGCUGUUUAUCAGCUUACUGUUAUCUUUACUCUUCUUUUUGUAGGCAAGUCGGAACAUUAUUUUUUUUCUCAUUUGCAGGUUGUCAUAAUAGAAUUUGGAGAUGUAGCUUUUUCAACUGCUGGCUUGACUGUAGAACAAUGGCUGUGGUGUCUCUUCUUUGGUUUUGGCACCCUUCUUUGGGGACAGGUGGUGACCACAGUUCCGACGCGGAAAAUACCUAAAAUACUUUCUUGGGGACGAGGCCACCCUGAAGAGUACACUGAAGCCAUUGCUUUGGCAGAAGAUAAAUUUGAUCCUGACUCUCAAGAGGGAAAGAAACCUCGUGCAGGCCAGAUAUUAUGGAUACGUGGCCUUACGAGACUACAAACACAGCUGCGAGUUAUCAGGGCUUUCAAGUCUACACUGGAAGACCUGGAGGAGCGCCGCUCUGUACAUAGUUUACACAGCUUACACAGUUUGCGCAGCUCGCGAAGCCACACUGGCCCGCGCCCCCUGUCCGACAUCAGUUACAUUGACGAGGACCCUGUCAAAACGCCAUCGCCUCUGAACGACCGCGACAAAACCAAUAAUUCCUCGAUGCUUCCGAAGAUGGUAUCUCCUGCCGAGGACCCCCACCUGGUGCCGGCGGCAACAGGCAACGACAGGGGAAGCGCACAGAGUACUGAUCCAACGAGCGGUCGCUUGGCACUGCCCCUCCCGGCUAACCCUGCCAACCCUCCUUCCCCUCAGCAGCACUCGCUUCAAGCUCCUUCUGCGCACGCAAAAAAUAACAAUCCCCAGAGAAUAUCAAGCCAUCAACCUUUGAGUCCUGCCCACCUGCAGAAUCUAUCACCACAAACAUUGAAUAGCACUGGAGAACAGGAAAGCACCCAGCCACAAACCCAGGUCCCAGACUUGCCCAAGCUGGUGAUAGGUGCAAUGAAUCCCAAGACUACUCCUGCCCUUCCUGUGCCACGACUUCAAAAGUGUGUUCCUAGCCCUCGUCCUUGGUCCCAGUCAAUGUUGCAGGUACCCCCAUCCCAUGCUGCAUGCGGAAGCAAGCAAGCAAGCGAGUACCUCUUGAAGAUUCGAGUAGUUAAUGCUUUCCGUCAAGGUCUAGAUGCUCGGUACAGUGAUAAUCCUACUCUGGCCGAGGUCCUGAGGAAGCAGACAUCUCUUAGCAAGCGGUUAUCUCAAACUUCUUCCAUUGACUACGCUGAUAACGUUAUGGAUGAGCUCACAAUACCAGAGAUCGAUGUGGAGCGUUUAUCAUCUCACAGUCACACUGAAACAGCAGUGUAGUCUUUCUAAUCCAUGGUGUCCCAUCAUCCUGACCUACACCCAAGACCUUUUUCCUUCAGUUUGCAAGAUCUGUGAUGACAGCAGUGGCAAGAGAACAGUUUCUGUGUGAAAAACAUGCAUAAUGUGAUCAAGAGUGAUCUCAUAUAUCCCAUUUAAAUUAUUUGUCAUUUAUGCUUAAUGACAAGUACUGGUACAUAUAAUCAAGAAACAUUAAAAAUGUACAAAAAUAUUUUAAGGACAGCCUCUCCUCUAAUAGAAACUCUCUGCCAUCUGAUGUGCUCUUGCUGGGUGUGGGCAGAUUUGCCAAUCAGAGGAAUAUAUUUGACGGUGAUAAUCUUUUACUUCAUUUAGUAAUAAGAAUGAUCUUUUUGAAGUAUGUGGGAUACAAUUAGGCUACUUCCUGCUUCUUUCCUUUUACUCAUGACGCCCAGGUAAUCAUAUCAUGACAUCAUUUCCAUUAGCAUAAUCAUUAACAAUUCUGUAAUCAUUGCCACCAUUUCCACCAUCAUUAAUCAGUCAUUUGGUCAUUAUCAUGUGUCAACAUGUCAUCCCCACUGUUGCCAGCUGUCACUGUUGUACCAUGACAUUGUUCAUUUACCAUGACAACCAUUGCAAUUACGAUCACAAGCACAACCAACACGACUGCCACUGCUGCUUCGUUCACUAUCAUUUUCACCCAUAUUACUUCCACUUCCUCUGCUGUUAGCCUCAACACUUGCCACUUCCCAUACCCAAACUCAUUAAUUCUCAUGUACCACUAUCCUGAAUCAUUAAAGUAACUAAAUUUUCUAUUUUCACAAGCAUCCUUCAUUCACAAAUAGGGAAAUGGGCUGGGCCCUUUUUGUUUCCCUAUCCUUGCAGCUCCAUUCCUCCUCUCAGGAUCUUAGUUGUUUGUUGCUGCUGCCGCCUGCUGCCUACUGCCUGCCCAUCACUCACUCAUCUGCAUCUGAGUUGUAGGCAUGAUGUUUAACUGCAUAUGAUAGACUGAAACAAGCAGACAGAACCAUCAGCUAGCAGUGUUUGUGAUGUGAGUGUUUACACACAGUGAAAGUACAGAUGUACAUAAGAACAUCAGUGUGGUAUGUUAUGCAGCUGUGGUUAGAGCUUUUGAAUAAAUGUUUAAAAGACAAUUUAAGGUAAGUUUGUUACAGUUAUACCAUUGUUGGAUUGGAAGUGAGAAAAACAAUGUAAAAUGAAUUUACAGAACUGGUGAAAGAAAGGUUGAUUAGUGAGGAGGGAAGGGUUGCUCAGCAAGGGCUUUGUAUGCGUGUAAUUAUUGUAAGAUAAUUAGUUUAUAUUCUGGAAAAGAAGACAGGAUGCCAAGUGUCUUUUAAGAGGGGAGGCAGAAUUUUGUGUUUGAAAUGUUGAACAGUGUUAAAAUUGAAUAGUUUGAUUUUAUUGUCAAAUGCCUCUCCUUGUUUAAAAGUUGAGUGCCAGAAUUAACCACUGUAGAUGUAGGUUUCAUGUUGAUUCUUCUUUGGGGAAAAAGUUUUAAAAAAUAAAAAAAUUCAAAUUCACUGCAAGAACAGGCCAUGCACAGGUGGUAUGGUGCAGUAAAUUUACAUCUGUAACUGCUCUCUGUUGAGAGGUUUUGUUAUCGACUUUUCUUGGUGUACUUCUUGUUCCUGCUAGAAUCUAAGAUCAUGUUGAAUUUGAAAGUGUUUUACUUUAUCAUUAAUUAUUAAUAUUAUUAUUAAUUUAUUUUUAUUAUUACUAAGAUUACUAUUAUGCCAUUACAUUAUUAUUUUUAUCAUUAUUAUUAUUAUUUUUAUCAUUAUUAUUACAAAUAUAACCACGGCAAUAAAUGGAAACGUGUGUGAAGCAAGAAUGUUCUGUUUGGUUGGGGAACUAACUGUUUGAAAUGGUGAAGUAGUUGUGAACUGCUUAGCUAGAAGUGUUAUGUUGGUGAAUGAAUUACAAGGCUGAAGUGUGGAACAGAGCAAUACAGAUUGUUGCAGGGUGCCCGUGGUUACCAUUAAUGUUUUCUCCUCUGAAAAUGUUCCAGGGAGGGAAAUUAUCAUAUUGUUGAAUGUUCUUUACUAUCAUACUGUAAAUUUGAGAAUACUCUUCUGAGAAAGCAGUUCUAUUAGACUGGGUUGUUGAGCAAUGUGUAGUUGACUACUCUAGUGGGAUUGCUGCAAAGCUUGUGUUGAAGCUGGGCAUGCAACAUCAAUAAUGAUUUUAUUCCAUCUCGAAGUGUUGAUUAUCGAAAGGUCACACCUCAAGCUAGGCUACUGCCUCAGUGCUGGCUCGAGUUGUGGUUUUUGGAAACAACUCUCUGUACUCUAGUUUACUCUGUAAAUCUGUUGUGUGAGUGCAAUUUUCUGUCUGUAUAAAGAGAAAAAGCCAAUCUAGAUGUUGCAAUUAUGCAUUAGUUAUAAGAACUUUCCAUGGGCUGUUCAAGUAACUUUAAAAGAAAGUAUCAACUAAUUGACUGAUAGAGGUUUGCAUUUGUAUGUAGGGAAAGAACAACUAGUCUCACCAAAUAUACUGUAGUCUUCACUUAGGGGCAAGCCAUGGCACUGGGAUUGUCCUCUCAGGCUAUUUAACUCCAAAUAAACAUGCCAAGAAAAAAUGCCUAGCAACACUACGUUAGUCCUGCUCCUUACUGUUGCUGCUGCCAUUUCAAAUGUUACUGUACAGCUCUCCCUGCUUUUUUUGUCACCUCCUUCCUGUUUUCUUUCUGCUCGUUUCCCUUUCAUGCAGCUCAUCACACUGAUGUUAUUGUUGGUAUUAUUGUUAUUGUGGUUAUUAAAGUUGGGCUGCUUCUAUUCAUAAAGAAACAGCGACACUGCCACUGCUCAUACUCCUGGUUCUGUCUCCUACUUUACCAUGUUAGAAAUAUUAUUGCAUUGCCACUGUAGAUAAUUACCACUUACUCUGUAGAUAUAAUGAAUACAAUGGCCAUGACAACAUGUGAAGACCACUCCAUUGAAGUACAGCUACUGCUUUUAUGUCAGAUAUUGCUGUUUUCCUUUUCUGCUCUUGUCUUCCACUUCUGCAACUUUAAGUUUCCAGUUUUAUUUAUUAGUUUCAAUUUGUGAGUGUUCUUUCACCUAUUCAGUGCAUUUUAUAGAUUAUCUGGAAGCACCUCCUUAAAAAAUUUGUUGUGGCAUCUUCCUUUGCAAAUUACAUAUAUUUAUUCACAUUUUUCUGUAUCUCCUUUGUGGUUGUAAAAUCUUUGCUCUUACAUUUUGUGUACAAUUUGUUUUUGUUUUUUAAUAUUUCUGUAAUAUUUGGGUGAUGUCAUUUCUUUAUAGUUUCUCCUGCAUGUUAGACCUUCUAUUCACACUUUAAUCCACUGAUAGCUCAUAUUGUAUUACGAUCCAUACAUAAAUGUACUUCAAUAACCUUCAUUGCUACUACCGGAAUUAGGGCUUCUACUGUAUGAUAAUAAUGCUACUCUUAACACUUGAUUAUGCCACUUGCUCCCCUGUUUGUAUCACUUGUAAGCAUCCUAUACCCCAUCAUUGUUAUUUAAUGAUCUUAACAAUUGACAAGAAUGACUACUACUGGUAAUUAUGACCAUGAUAUUGAAGACAUGAUGACAACCACUAUUGACUUUGAUGGCUGUUACUGCUUUUAAAUAUGAAGGGGAAAACUCUAUUAGAACUGGGAGUUUUCCUUUAGGUCUAAUGCAGGAUGGGAGGGUUGCUGUGCCCCUUAUGUUUUUGAUAUUUCUGUAGACUCAAGUUGGCAGAUGGUAAGUCAUCAAAAACUUAACAAAAUUGAUGAACAAUCUAGAUGAUAUUGCUGUCUCAUUGUUAUAACAAAUUGAAAAAUUUCAAACCAGUGCUCAGCUUUCAUUUAGCUCUGUCGAAUACAGCAGUUGGCAUCUUCAGCGAUUCUUCUGCCAAAUAAGUAUUAUAUUUUCUUCAAAAAAAUCUAUUUAUUUUCAGUCAAUGUUAAAGAUUAUUAAUUAAUCAUUUUUACAAAAUAAAUUUUUAAUGUGUCAAGACUUUGUUGAAAACAUGGUGUAUGUUAUUUACUUCAGACAGUUCCCUUGUACCUAAACUACAUUGCUUACCUAUUCAUCUAAAACCGCAGUUCAUGUAUACAGGUUAUGUACAAGAAGGUUGCUUCCAAAUGUGAAAUGCCACAAGCCACAGAAACUAAUUAUUGAUCUAAUGUGUAAUGUAAGUUGAAGGAUAGGCUGUAUGUAAAAAUUGCACAUGUUGAGCAUUAUGUGCCUUAUGUCCAUGCUUUCCUUGUUGACGUUGUAAUUUUGACUGAUUAAAAAAUUGAGCUUGGUCUAAUCAGAGAUUUGCAAAAUCAUUAUUAUAAAAGUACUAUGAACAAGUAAUGAUGACUGUUCAACAUAUUUCAUUGAAAUUUAUUGUAUUUUAUUUAUUUUUUGUCUUUCCCUUCCCUUUCUUCAUGGCUUUCUCUUUAACCGCUUUGACUUCAAUGUACAAUGCUUUUCAUAUUCUUUGAAUUCAGCAGCUGCCAGUCACUUUAGAACUUGGGAACGUAAUUGCAUUGUUGUUACAAAAUAUGCUCAUUUCACAAAAGAAUGCACUAUAAUUAUCCAUCUAGAUUAUAAAAUACUUUAGUCUGUAGUUCAUUUGUCAGAAAGGCUGCAGUCUGCAUUAUGUGGGUCAACUGGAAUUGUUAAAAAUUGUACCAAAUUUAUCAUAUUUUCUAAAUAAUCAUUUUCAGUUGCCUCAUAUUUUGCAAAUACACAAAUAUCUAAGACUUGGGAACUAGUUGAAAGUAAAACAUGCUUUAAAUUUAUUUCAGCAGCACACACAAUUAAGAAAUCUCAGUGUAAAUCCUGUCCAUAUUAUUUCUGUUUUAUCCUAUUUCUUUUGUGAGUAGCUUGUCUAUCAUCCUAUAUUAGGAUGUAACAUGUGUAUUUACAUAAGUAUGUAAAGCAAGAGUUGAAUGAAAAUAUUUGAAAGUACCUUUUGCUAUCUACUCAGAGCUCUGCUCGACACUGUCAAUCUGUGAAUAGUGUCGUUAUCAGUUGACUUUCUAUGUAUUGUAUUUCUCUUUCUACAUAAAGGACAAUUUAUUGAAGAAAUGCAAGAAAACGUGUACUUAGAAAUAGUGAUACAAGUUAAUUUAUCAUCCUUGUAGUACUUAAUUCAGAUUUUGAACAUUUUAUAUACACAGGGCGUGUGUUUCACUUGUUAUAAGUACAGCAUGAAGCAAAGCCAAGUAAAAGAUUACAUGUGAUGUUUGUGAGAUAAUGGUGGUAAAAAUAGGAUUUUUCUUUCAUCAAGUUUCCAAGUGUUCUGUAAUGUGCAGUAAAACAGUGAAAUAGGCAUUUUCUACAUAUAUAACAAUGUAUUAUGUA